AUGCCUCCUAAAAGAGGACAAGGCGGCUCGGCGGCCAUAAACGCUGCCAACCUGCAAGAAGGAGCCGAGGAAGAACCUCUCCAAGCCGUUAUCUUAGCCGACUCAUUCAACAAGCGGUUUCAGGUGCUCUGCGUGGAUCGACCUCGUUGUCUGUUACCCUUGCUCGGAGUGCCGUUGUUGGCGUGGACGUUGGAAAGUCUGAGCUUGAGCAACGUCAAGGAUGUCAUCGUCUUUUGCGGUGUCCACGCCGAGGACAUCAAAGAAUGGGUUACCACCUCCUCCUAUUCCAAGACGCUCAACAUCCAGUGCAUCUCAUCCACCUCGGCCCAAUCCAUCGGGGACGCUCUUCGCCAACUGGAUGCCAUGCAGAUACUGAACCCCAAGAUGCCUUUCCUCUUGCUCCAUUCGCCCGUCGUCUCCAACGUCGAUCUGAGCAGGCUCGUGAGGGAUCAUAAAAAGCUGAGAGAAGAGGACAAGAAUGUGAUCAUGACCGUCGGCGUGGGCGUCGGUGGUCGACGUCAUCCAGAGUCUCCCUUGUUCCUCGUCGACCCGAUCAAAAACCAUCUACUCCACUACACCCAAAAUCCACUCAUGCCUGCUCGAUCCCGCUUCCACAUCCCCUCGUCUCUCAUUCUCGACAAUCCCUCCUCGACCUCCCUCACCCUAGAAGUCUGGUCCGGUCCUUCGAACAAGACCUCUUCUUCCGCCGGUUAUCGAGACCUCGGAGUGGACGUCUGUGAGGCCGACGUGCCCGCCCUCUUUACCGAAAACUUUGACUGGAACGAUCUGAGAAGACAUCUAGUCGUCGGCGUGCUGGGAUCCGAGCUCUUGGGCAAGAAGAUCGGGAUCAAGACGGUCGGCACGCUUCAAGCGUCACAGCGACCCGAGACGGAGGAACAGAUCAAACAGAGCGGGGUCAGUCGCGGGAUGGGCAAGGGCAAGUAUAUCGAUCGCGUCAGGGAUACGAGGACGUUUGGAGACAUUUCGCGCGAUGUCUUGAGACGGUGGGCGUUCCCGCUCGUGCCCGAUUCGAAAAUCCUCGGGCAAGACGACUACGAGCUGAGAAGGGGGACCGUCUAUGUCGCACGUGAAGGUGUCAGAUUGGCAAGGACCACACAGAUCAUCGGUCCAGCGCUGAUCGGGCCCAACACCCACUUGUCCUCGAAUACCACCUUCCGGACUUCGACGAUCGGCCGAGAAUCUCACAUCGGAUCGCGGACGACCGUCUCGGAUUCGUACCUCUUCGACAACGUCUCGGUCGGUCGGGACUGUAUACUUCGAGGGUGCAUCGUCGCGCAGAACGUCGAGAUCGGGGAUAACGUUAUCAUCGGGAACGGUGCCUUGAUCGGAGCGGGAGUCAAGCUCGGUAGCGGGGAGGUCAUUCCGGAAUUCGCUAGAGUCGCUGUGACGGCGUUCGGAGCUACGGAUGAUGAGGAUGAGGAUGACGAGUACUCGGCCGACGUGCCACCAUCGCAAAGUUUGGAUAGGCCUGGUAGCGAGGGCUUUAUCUGGCCGGCGGAAGAGGACGAGUACCAGAGUGACGAUGAGGACGACUUUGAGGAUCCAUACGAGCACCCCGAGAACAAGCGGCUAUUACAGCUUGGACAAUCUCUCUCCCGCGCGAUCAGCGUGGGGUCGACCGCAUCUACCUUGGAACACGCUUCGUCGGCCGGAUCUCCGGUUUCAAUGGCCUCAUCCAUGGGUGGGCAAUCGAUCCCGUCAAUGUCGCUCAACCCGACAGCGUCAGGAGACUUUCACGUCGAAGUCCGCUUGUCACUGGAGCGUGCUGUCGACGAGGGUCAUAAAGCCCAAGACGCUCUUCUGGAGCUCACUACCCUGAUGUUGUCAUCCAAUGUCAGUGUUAGCGGCCCGGGUGGAGGCAAAGAAGAGGUAAUCAGUUUCUUGAUGGAGCUGGUCGACGUCGACAGCGGCGCCAAGGCGGCGAAAGAGUCGGCUACAAAAGUGUGGACGCGCUGGGGUCCUCUCGUACAAGGUAUCGGAGUCAAACCUGUAGACACGGUGCUUGAAGUGCAGCACUUUUCAACGGAGCACCCGGAACAAGCGCACUUCUUCCCCGUCUAUCUUAACGCCCUCUAUGACGCCGAUAUCGUCGACUAUGAAGAUAUCGUAUCCUGGUACAAAUCCGAAGAAUCUCGAGGAAAGGGCAAGACUGAGGCGAAUGAUGAUGAGCAAGAGCUUUGGAAGAAGCUAUGGACCAGCGGAGGCCGAUUCGUCAAGGCGUUGGCCGAAGCGCAAGAGAGCGAUGAUGAGGAUGACGAAGACGAGGACGACGAAGACAGCGAUUGA